AGGCAUUGUCCAAUCCAGAUCUGAUCCUCUUCACGGAUGGGAGUUCCUUUUACAUCGAGGGAACGCGGUAUACAGGAUACGCUGUUGUUAAUCAAUGGGAACCCGUGGAAGCAGCCGCCCUGCCCAGCCAGUGGGGCGCGCAAGCAGCUGAACUAUAUGCAUUGGCUAGAGCCUGCCAAACAGCAGAGGAAAUUGCUGGAAGCAGUUCAGAAACCAGCGGAAAUAGCCGUCGUUCAUUGCAAGGCGCACACCAAAGAUCGCGAUCCUAUAGCAAUGGGAAAUGCCCUGGCAGACUGGACAGCCAAGAGAGCAGCAAGGCUCCCUCUUUCUUUCCCCACAUUGGCAUUGAUUACUGAUGACUUCCAACCCACUACUUUAACGUCUGUGCCCUUAAAGGAGACUCGAGCCUGGGAAGCACUGGGGGCCAGCUACAGGAAUUAUUUGUGGGUUAUGCCUGAUGGAAGAGCCUGUCUACCCCGCUCCAUGUAUUUCACAGCAGUUGCCUGGCACCAUAAUAAAGGAGGGCACUACGGGACUCAUGCUUUGGUAGACACAAUAUCCAGGUUUUGGUACGCCCCUGGCAUUCAAUCUGUAUGUACAUCAACUGUAAAAGCCUGUAGCCUCUGCCAGGCUAAUGGACCUGCUUUACCAAACCGAGCAUUACAGCCGCUGCGCCCUUCCAACAUUUGCAGAUGGACUUCGUUGAUUUACCACCGGCAAUGGAUUACGAUCCUUGUGGCGCACGGCCAGGUAUGCGCAGACGGUUCCGCUCAAAGAGCAGGUCCACCCUUAUCAGCCAGGCGACUUCGUUUGGGUGAAAAAGUUUGUCCGUCGCAGUCCACUCCUGCCGAGAUUCACUGGUCCUCACCAGGUUUUAUUAACGACCCAGACUGCCGUCUUUUUAGAGGGGAGAAAAUCUUGGAUUCAUCACGCACACGUCAAGCCUGCAGUUGUAGACUUCAGUCCCAUGGAUGCGCCACCCCAAGACGGACAAGAACUUUUGGACUCAGAGGACAGAAUUGUGCCAGCUUUACAUUUACAAAGAGAUCCUGUGACUGAUUUGUGGGCGCCGCAGACUGUUCCUUUCCGCGCAGCUGAAAUAUCAUGAACUAUUUUAAGCCUCAGGACUGUGGGGUUCUCUAUUGUAUUCUUUGUGUACUUAUGCAAUUGAGCCUUGUUUUUCCUUUGUGUUGUCCUGAUGGAAUAAAAAUAUGCACGGUGGGGACUACAAACCUCCUCUCGCUGGGAUUCGGAAUGGGCUGCCAGAUCCGAAGAUGCUGGGUGAGUGCCCUGAUCCUUACUUAUACCAUGUGCUUUUAACUCAUAGUCAACCCUUCACUGUAGCUAUUGCAGGAUGGAAGACUAGGUGUCAGAAAGCAGCUGUGGUUUUUCAACACAGCCUCAACGGCUUUCUGGUCUCUCAGUGUGUAAGGACGGAAGUAGCAUGGGCUGUUUAUCUGGCCGUAAAUUGCACACCAGUCCCAGGACUAACCAGAGAUUCAGCGUGCCCCACAUCACUAGACCCUAGAUCCGUUAUUAAAGAAUAUUCUGUCUACUUACCGCAAUUUGGGAACUAUAGCACCUAAGUUUUGCAUUGGGUUAGGGGAAUAUACUUGUUAUACUGCCUUACAAAAGAACCAGCUCAGCCGGUUUGCUCUCCCGAGUACAUCCGAAUUAACACCUAAACCCUCUUUAAGGCCUCUCACACCCCCACCCCUCACGCUUUGAGGGGACAGCUGGAAGGCAAAUAUUUUUCUCUCUCUCUUGGAAGCCUGUGCCCCAAAAAAGAAUCCUGUUAUGUAUGCUCCCACACUCCUCCCCACGGAGCUGCAGGGGUGCCCCUCAUAGGUGCGCCCCUCCAUUUAAAAGAGAUUCUAAGUUUUAAGAACCAGCAGCAGGCCAAAGAACUAGAUGGCACCUUGGACACUAGUGGGCCACUCCAGGGGGAGGUGUGUGUAAGCAGCAGCUCACGCACCAACAUGGGUCUCUCCUGUAAAUUCAUUCUUACUCGGAGAAAGGGGGGCUCAUGGGGGGUUUUCAACAGUACCCAUUUACUUAAUGCAGCAACUGCAAGCAAUGACACAUGGGUACAAGCUUGGGGUGCCCUCAUUCCCCAAGAUGCUCAGAGCCCUGAUUUAUCCUCUUUUAUUCUUUCAUUAUACACCAAGCCCACUCCCCAGAGAUUAUGGUGGUUAUGCGGACAUAGGGCUCAGCGGAAGCUGCCAUCCCUAGUAAGAUGGACUUGCACUUUAGGAAGAGUUAUGCCUGGGAUUAGGACCACUACUUCUCUUCCUACAGCCAGACACCGGAAUCGAAAAGACACAGGGGAGGCAGUUUUGCGAGGAUUUUUUCCACAUUAUGGGGCAGGCCAAAACUAUCAAGAUUUAAUUAAGCUGUCUCAAGACUUUGAGGAUUUCCUAAAUGACACCACAGCCUCACUACGAGAUUUGACUAAUGAGCAGGGACAGAUUCGAACCAUAACUUUACAAAAUAGAUUAGGAAUUGAUUAUUUAUUAGCCAGCUCAGGGGGGAUAUGUUCUUUGAUUGGUACCGAAUGUUGUACCUCCAUAACUGACUCGAAGGCUGAUGUUUUGCAACAUUUAAAUCAUCUCAACACAGUUUAUAAUGACUUGGAACACAUUAAGACCUUUUCUUCCUUCCCAAGUCUAACGGAAUGGUUUAAUCAAUGGCCAAGUUGGCACAAGCUUUUUCUUUACAUUGUUGUAGAAAUUUCUGGUAUUAUUUUCUUAUGUUGCUGUAUACAAUACCUACCCAAUUUAUUUUCCCUCUUCUCAGCUCUCGGAACUCAGUGUCUGAGAAGGUCCCCUUUCCCUAGCGAAUUUCUCCUUCAAAGCCGAUCUUUCACAUCUCUGAGUGACUCCAAAGAGUUGUCAAACAAUAAUGCAGCUGUAAUUUAAACAAGUCUUGUUUAAAUUUGCUGCAAAUCGGGGAAUUGUUAGGAAUAUUUUAUCCCCCAGACCCCAAGAGUUGUCAAGAAUUGUCAAGAGACCUACAUUAUUGCCAGAACCAGUGUUGCAAUGAAUCCUGGAACUUAGAGAAGGUGGGAGGGACAUACAACUCUAAGUUUCGUUUUUCUCUCGUGAGAAGAAACUCUCAAAGGUGCCUCUCAGACUAUAACAUCUCUGUAAAAACGAGAUAAAAUGUAUCCCCUCUAGAUGUUGUUAUUUCUCUCUGUCUUAAAUCACUAUACACAUCCUGUAACAUUGUAGCUAAUUCAGCACAAAGCAAGACGUUUUCUCAAAAUAUCUCACUACAAUUGUAUCCAUAAGAUUUACGUCAUACUGCUGAGUGAGUAAAUUUCACAGGCACAUUAGUAACAUUUUUAUCUCUUUUGGUGUCAAUCUGCUCCUUUUUCUCGCCUUUUCUUAGUUCUUACCUCAAAACAA